ACAUGGUCCAUGUCAGCCGCCGCCGAUCCGCGGGAAGGACGCCGACCAAGACGGGCGCUGACCAAUACCGACACGACGCGUCCACGCUCAGUCUUGGUCGUGGUCUCCAUUUUCUUCCCCUCCACGCAUGGCCACGUGCGACGAGGGCGCACCAGGCGCAGCAUCGGGGGCCCCCACUGGCGCAUGGCCACAUGCGACGAGGGCGCUUCGUUUCUGGAGCACUGGGCCCGGUGCCACGCGGCGGAGAGCACCGGCGAGGCCCCGCGGCGAGGAGGUGGCGCUGGCCAGGCCGCCCCAGGGGACUCCGCGACGGGCCGCCCAGACCCCCGGCGUCGUAGGAGGGGCGCCGCAGGGGCGGGCCUGUUGGCCUGCGGGGCGGCGCUCGCCGUGGUCGCCCUCGGCGCGUGGGGCCGGCGGCGGGACGGCGUGCGGGCCAGCCGGGCCGGCGCGGCCCUCGGGGCGCUCGUCCGGGAGGAGGCGGUGCCGCCUGCCGUGUCGCACGCCUGCCCGGGGAGCGUGGACGUGCGGGGUUUCGGCAGCGUGUCCGUCGUCGCCGCGCAGUUCCACGCCCCAGGCGUCCCCGGGGCCCAGGU